UCGUUCCGGCGCGCCGCUGCACGAGAGGCUCUUUUACGUGCUGUGAUCAUUCUUUAUUUGGCGUACACAGAAUUUACAACACACAUUUUCGGCUCGACUGACACUGAGUGAGUGACAGCCUAGCAUCUUUCUGAAAAUGAAAAUGGCGAUGUUAGGUGACCUGUACGUCGAUGCGACCACCGUGUUGGUUGCAUUGACUACUCUGGCUGCCUUUGCUCUGUACAAGAGCUCGAAGCGACCGGCUAACUUCCCUCCAGGACCGUUUGCUCUGCCUCUGCUCGGGAAUGUUACAUCAUUUUUGUCCAAAACUGCGUUGGAGGUCAUGUGCGAUCUGCACAAGCAGUACGGCGGUGUCUUCUCACUGAGGUUUGGUGCUUUCAACUUGAUUGUACUGAACAACAUUCAGGUCGUCCGAGAAGCGCUGGUGACGAAAGCCGUGGAGUUUGCGGGUCGACCGACGACAUACUCCGCUGAAAUCAUCACCGAAGGAUACAAAGAUAUUGCCUUAUCGAACUACGGCCCGCAGUGGAGAUACCAGCGCAAGCUUGGCCACACUGCAAUUAGGCAUUUUGCGCAGAAAGAACAACUGCAGAAGCUCGUCUUCAGCGUCACUCCGCAAAUUGCCAAAGUUCUGGAUGAUCUUGGGGACAAACCGUUUGCACCCAAGUACACCAUCGGCCAGAUCGUGUAUAAUAUCCUGGCAAGCUUGUGCUUCAACAAACAAUACGAGUUCAACCAGCCUGAACUGUUGCAGUGGAUUCAGUUGAAUGUUGAUGCACAGAAAGCCUUCGGCAAUGGUCUGAUCGGUGACUUCUUUCCUGCCUUAAGUUUCAUUCCAACUCCGAGUGAAAGGAAGGUUCGGAAGAUUCUUGCAGAGAUGUUAGGGUUCUUCAGAAAGAAGAUAAAGAUACAUAGGGACCAGUUUGACCCAGAAAACGUGCGUGACUUCGUUGACUCGUUGCUGUUGACCCAGAAGCAGGCAAUAGAAGCUGGGGAGGAGGAAGCCGAACACAUCACCGAUACUCACAUUUGUCAGACAGUCUUUGACAUUUUCGGAGCUGGAACCGAUACUACCACUGUCACUCUUCACUGGGCGGUGGGUCUCUUGGCCGAGAAUCCGGAGGUCCAGGAGAAGGUUGCCAAGGAGAUUGAUGAUGUCCUGGGUCGUGAUACGCUCCCCUCGUUGGACGACCGCGGCUUGUUGCCUUACACCGAGGCCACCAUCCUGGAGGUUCACCGCUAUGGAUCAGUUGCGCCUUUAGGCGUCCCCCAUAAUGUCACUACCGACACCACAGUGGCUGGGUACGAUAUCCCCAAAGGCACCAUGGUGAUGAUUAACUAUCUGGCUCUGCACAAUGACCCAACACAGUGGUCCGAACCGGAGAAGUUUAAGCCGGAGCACUUUUUGGACGACAACGGUCAACUUAUCAAAAAGCUCCCAGAGAGCUUUCUCCCAUUCAGCACCGGACGUCGCGUCUGCCUCGGCGAAGACUUUGUCAAGAAGGAAAUCUUCUUGCUCUUCACUUGGCUGUUUGGCCGGUACUCCUUCUACAAGGUACCGGGCAAGGAGUCGGAGUCUCUCUUGACUCUCAACAAGGUGGCGACCUUGACUCACCAGCCUUUGGACGAAAUGGAGAUAUGUGUCAAGAAGCGUUAUUAGGCUUGUCAAGAGGUACUGACAUUUUCAGAACCAUAACAUUGUUUUUGCAGAUGUUUUUAAAAAACACUGCAAUAUCUGGUUCCUCUAUUUCUGGUUCCAAGAUCAUAGUUAAAAUUUGUUAAUGAUGCUUAGCACCAGAGCUCACAGCAAGAGAAUAUAUAAUAAUGAUAAUAAUAUGCGGUGUUUAUAUAGUGCUUUAUCCUAAUGUUUCAAAGUGCUUCAUCAUUAUUACCCUGCUCAAUGGGCCAAUGAAACAUUCUAAAUACCAUCACAGCUCCCUUGGGAGUAUACAGCUGGAUGCUGCCAUUUCGGCGCAAAGCAGCUGAAAUCAACCACAAUAACCAUCUCUGCCCUCACAGGUACCCAUUUACUCCUGGGUGGAGAGAAGCAAUGAGCGACAAAGUCCCUUACCCAAGGGCACUCGCACCAUAGCCGCACGCUGGACUCGAACCCACAACCUGCAGAAUAACCCACAGACCAAGAAUUCAAUGCUCCCGACGCUUACAAAUGAAAUUUCGCCUGUCAAUCAAUAGUGAGAUUCCAAGUCAGUCAUAAGUCAAAUCAAGUUAAAUUACAGGUCAUUAUACCCCGCAUUUCAUCUGUAAAAGUAGCUCCUUCAAAGAUUGAAAUUGAAAAAGAAAUACCACCCCCCCCCCAACAAAAAGGUGAAAUAAUCUUUUUAAUUUCAACAGAAAUAAAUUAAAGCGGAAAAUCUUUGCAUCAGUUUGUGGUAUAAAUAGCAUUUCAAACAUGUGAGGAACACAAAAGUAGUUGUUGCAAAAUUAACGUAAAAAAAACCGAAUACAGUUAGACUUAUUUUCUAAAAGGUUAUGCGCAAUUUAGAUAUAGAUUUAAUUGUAGUUUUUAGUGGGUUUUUUUUUUCUCAAUUGUGUGUGUGUGUAGAUUUGUGUGAUUUUGAUGGUGUAUAUAAUUAAACGAUCAUAACCAAUUAGACAAUUUAUGCAUAUUUUUCCUCGCAAUCUCAAUCUAUAAUCAAUAUGUAGGCAAUUGCAAUUAUACCUAGUGAUUGUGUUCAUAGCAACUUAAAAUAACAACUUAGAACUACAAAAAUACUUCUUUGAAACAACUGAAGCAGUUUUGUUGAAUGACCAAAUAUAAAGGGCUUAUAUACCAUUUCUAUAAAACGGAGAAUAUAAUACUUCAUUAUUCCUGAUCUAUAUUUACUAUCUUAUAAGGGCUUAUAAACGAUUUCUAUAUUUCCGGAGAAUAUAAUACUUCAUCAUUCCUGAUCUAUCUUUACUAUUUUAUAAGGGCUUAUAUACGAUUUCUAUAAAACGGAUAAUAUAAUACUUCAUUAUUCCUGAGCUAUAUUUACUAUUUUAUAUACAAAUUCUGAAUGAUGUAAAUUAUGAAUGUACAUUUCAUUUGCGUAGCAGGGUUUAUAUUGAUACACAUAUACGAAUCUAUUUUUAUAAUUACUCUUUACAAGUAAAUCGGCUACAAUUUAAACAAAAGUAGUAAUUUUCCUUCUAUUUUGUGAUAAAAAAAGUAGGCUGUCAAACUUAUGAAUGCAUGAUUUGUAAUUGUGGAAAAAACAGCUUUCGCUUCAACACAAUCCUAUACCUUUCCCAAAAGGUCAUCAAUAAUUGGCUUUAAUUACAAAAAAGUAAAUGGUUGUCAGUUUUGUAGUCCGCCAGGCGUAUUUAUAGAGUCUAGAACGAAAGCUUCAAUUUAGUUUCGCUUGUAUCAUGAUUGUGAUAUUAUAUAAUGGCACACAGCAGCACAUAAUUUUCAUGAAUGCUGCUUCAUUUACGAAAAAAGUGAACAGCUUGUUUUUUUUAUCCGGUUCGUUGGUGUGACGUCAGUUCAUUUUAAACCACGCCGGCUUGCCAUUAAGUAGCAUUGGAACCAUUGGAACCGGAAGCUAACGCAAUAUUUUGAGUGUUUAUCCAAUGGGUGCUAGUAUCAGUGGUGCGCGCGCGCGUGUAUGACGUUUAUAGUAACGAACCGGAUAGCACACACUGUUCAAAGUUAUACCAAAAGAGGGUAAGGGGAAAGGUUCGUAAAGACUUCAUAUUUUAGGAGAGUAAUAAUUUUAACAUGAAAAAUGAUGACAUUUAUGACUUGUUCUCAACUUUCACAUUCCAUUAUUAUUUGCUAUGCUUCAGUGUGUGUGUGUGUAAUGAAUAAAUAUAUAGUAUUGGUAGUGCUAAAUC